AUGGUUCAGCAUUCACCUGCAUGCCAAGGAUUUAUCUACAUUGUCCUCCUCCGGUUCCUGAUUGGCCCCUGCGUUUGGUGCGCUGUCCUGUUGGUGCAACUCUCUUUGAUCCUUGGGGGCGCGGCCUGCUACAUCAAGAGCUUCCAAUGUGCUGGUUCCAGCAUUUUUGAGACUGGCCAGCAAGUGGCGGUCGCCGUCACGGUCACAGUGCAGGUGGCGGCCACCAACGCGGCCACUGGCUCGGAGGCCACCAGCGAAGCUCUCACGGGAGAUGGGGCAGAUUACGGAGGCGUCCAGUACCGCACAAAGAGCGGUUACGCCUGUGAGACCUGGGGUUCGGGCGUGGCCUCCAGUUACACGAACCCGCCUUACACCACGCUGGCUGGAGCCCAGAACUACUGCCGCAACCCGUAUGUGGCUACCCAGACCAACAAAGCGAGCACCAUUUGGUGCUUCACCACGGAUCCACAGACAAGGUGGGAGGAGUGCACGCCGGUGGGCGUGAUCCAGCCGGUGUGCGCCUCGGGGUACGCCGUCACCAGCGAGGAGGUCCGCAAGGUCUUAGAGAUCGCAGGUUAUGUGGUUUGGGGCUUUGCCUUCAUUUACUGGCUCUUGGUUUGUUGCUUCUUCGAUCGGAUCCAGCUGGCCAUUGCCGUGAACAAAGUGGCCGCCACCUUCGUGUCCCACACCAUGCGCAUCAUUGGGGUGCCCAUCGUUCAAGCAGUGGUGGGGAUCCUAUGGAUCCUCUUGUGGGGCGUUUCAGUGAGCUUCCUCGUCUCACAGGUGCCAGCGGACUACACCCCCACAGGUGCCUACACGACCUACCUUGAGGCUUAUGGUUCGACGAACACCACCGGCGCUUGUACAGACAAGUGGCCCACCGGCUCUGUAUACAAGGACGAGGACAACUGCAGCUUGGCAGUGUCAUCGUGGCGGGAUAUGGCGGCAGUGGAAGGAGUGAGUGACGUCUUCGACUACCGCUUUGCAGUAUCCUUCUUCGUUUUCCUUUGGAACAACGCCCUCAACAUUGCCAUUGGCCAAUGCAUCAUUGCCGGCGCUGUUGGUGUUUGGUUCUUCACACCUAACGCCGAGAAGGGGAAGAGGGGAGCCAUCAAGACAUCGGUCUGGAAUGUCUUCCGCUAUCACCUUGGCUCGCUGGCCUUCGGCUCCUUCAUCAUCGCAGUCAUCCAAUUCAUUAGGUACCUGAUGAAUUACUUCGAGAAGCAGGCGAAGGCGCAGAAGAAUCGCGUAAUGGCAUUGAUUUUGCGCUGCCUUCAGUGCUGCAUGUAUUGCUUCGAGCAAUGCAUCAGGUUCUUGAACAAGAACGCAUACAUCCAGAUCGCGCUCAUGGGCACCAACUUCUGCACCUCUGCGAAAAAGGCCUUCUUCCUCAUUCUGCGGAACGCCUUGCGCUUCGGGACGGUCGCGUUGUUGAGCACCAUGGUGAACCUCAUUGGUUUCUUCUUCAUUGUGGCUGCAUCCGUUGGUUUGGGCCUCUCGGCAGGGUUGGCCCGGAAAAAUUUGAUGCUAGCGUGGCCAUGCAUGGCCAUGUAG